AUGACUACUUCUUUACCAUGUUUACUACUAUACUUUUACGUCAUCUUCAAUGUUAUCAAUCCCAUACAAACAAUUCCAAAGGGCUAUUUAAUAGCAACAUCGUAUGAUCCUGCAUCAUCAUCCAACUCAUUAUUCAAAAUUGAUCCAUUAAGCGGAAAAUUUGCAGUUUUCACACCUUUAACGAAUUACAAAGCAUAUGAUGUUACUUAUGAUUUUAUUCACAAAAUUUUCUAUGUUUUUGGUAGUGAAGCAACAUUAGCAAAAGAAGCAGCAAUGUCUGUGGCCAUAGUUAAUCCAUUCAAUGGCACAACAAAAUAUCGAACAAUUACGACAGAACCGUAUGCCGAACUAUUUGGUUUACGUGUUGAUAGUAGUACAGGAAAAUUAUAUUCAGUACAAAUGAGUGACGCAUUCGAAAAUCCGAUAAGCAUUGUUCAGAUAGAUCCAAGUAAUUUUAUAGCAAAACAAUGGGUAAAUAUAACCAAAGCCAGUGGUGUACAACCUGAUUCCAUGGCAAUCUUUUUUAAUUCAACUGAUCAUCAAUAUUUUGUAACAGUGCCCUAUGAUUCCGAUUACCUUGUUGGCAUUGAUGUCACAAAACGAAAAAUAAUCAGUAAAAUAACUGAUUUAAAUUUACCAGCUUAUUUAUGUUAUGAUAAUAAAACGAAUGCUUUUUAUGGUAUGGAGAUUUUCCAGACCGAACGUGGCUGUCGUUUAGUACGCUUAAAUCCAUAUAAUGGUACGAUGGAUAUUUUAUCCAAAGAUUUUAAAGAUUAUAUGCCAUCUACUGGUACUUGUCAUGAAGGAUAUUAUUUUACAAUGAUUGUCAAGAGUCUAGACAAACAAAACAUUAUCACAUUUGAUUUAAGCAAUAAUUCAACAAUAAUUGCAAAUAAGCCAGCACAAGAAUAUUUAGAUUCAUUUGCAUUUGUUCCACUCUAG